AUGAAACAACACCAAAAAUUAUUAAGAUAUGAAUGGGAGAAAAUACAUAUAAAGAAAUACAACUAUCGGGAUAAAUACAGAAUCUAUACGGACGGAUCAAGAUCCUCAGAAGGAGUGGGAGCGUCGUAUGUUUAUUACUAUAGAAAUAGGGAACAGUAUCAUAAAAAAAUCAAGUUAGAUAAAAGAUGCACAAAUUAUCAAGCAGAAUUGGUAGCAAUAGAUCAUGCAAUUAACUGGAUAAGUCAAAGGAAGAAAAAUAUAAAAAUUACUAUUUGCACAGACAGCCAGGCUGUAUUAAAAGCUCUUAAUGAUGGUAACAAUAAAAGUGAACUAAUAGAUAAUAUAAGACGAAAUAUUGUGAAAAGUGAUAAUAUGCUAGUGUUCAGCUGGGUCAAAGCCCAUUUUGGAGACCAAGGAAAUGAAAGAGCGGACAGUCUGGCUAAAGAGGCUAGUUAUCUAAAAACAAAGGAAUCAUACAGAAAAAUAUCUACAAAAUAUAUAAAAACUGAAAUCAAAAAUAGAUACAUAUUACAGUGGCAACAACGGUGGGAAAUAACUACAAAAGGAAGGGAACUCUUUGAAUACAUACCAGAUAUUAACCAGAGGUUAAAUAACAAACAUCUACAAAUUGGACACAAAUUCACAAGAUUCGUGACAGGUCAUGGAGAUUUUGCGAAAUAUCAUUAUAGAUUUAAUCAUCGAGAUGAUGAAAACUGCGAGAUUUGUGGGGCAACAGCAUGCAUCGAACAGUUACGUGUUUUAAGUGUUAGCGAUUUGGACGUUAAUGAUAAAUUAAAGGUUUAG